AUGACCGAUAGCUCAGGGAUCGAUAGCUCAGGGACUCCUGCGACGGCCCGGGGGAGCUGGCGGAUAAACAAACCUAGACGACGCAGAGCCAGACAUUCCCAACGAGUGACCGAGAGCAAUAGCCAAGCAGCCCAGGCCGGUGACGCACAUGGCGAUGAUUCCCGUGCAGAUGCCCUCGGCGAGCCUGAUUCGGAGUCGGAUAACGCUUUUGAGAAGAUCAUGCAGCGGAAGGAGAUUCGUGAAGUCGUGAGCUACACAAUUGGUUCACGGGAAGAUGGAGGGGUAUUGGACAGUCGUGGCCAACCUGAAGCAUUGGGACCCAAUCGCGCACUGAUUACCCUCAUCCGGAAAGGACCCCAUGCCGACAUCAUCCCGCAAAGUGUGCUUCCGUGGCCGUGCUGUGACGAUGAACAACCUGGCUCGCCUGCUGGUCCGGCGCGCCUCUCAUCGCCCUCGCCCGCGGUUCCGAGCCCUGACGCGCCGAUUGUUCAACCGCAGACGGCGAACGGUCCAUCGUCGGCGACCCCGGCGGCACCGUCGAUGUUGACUGCGCAUCACCAGCCUCCAGCCGUGCAAAGCACGCAGGCAGCGGCAUCUGAAUGGACUGCUGCCGCAGCGGUAGGGGGCGGCCACCCGCUUCAGCAAACCGCCCAACCUCCGCAGAGCCAGGCUUCCAAUCCGUCACCACCGGCUCCCCGCAGUGGCAUCCCUGACCAUCCGCCAGCUGGUCAACUGGGAGUGCCGCCGAACACUGUGGCUCAGCCUCAGACAUGCUCGGGGUCCGUGACAUACCAACCGCCGCCCACAGCCGGUUUGACGACGGCUCCUGCGCCAGGCCCAGCAGGCCCAGCAGGGCCGCCCGCCCGCCCCCCGGCGCCCAUGCCCACUGCAUCCCAACCGCCACAAGCGCCGCUAUGGACCGCGGAUGCUGUCCCGCACAUUACCUCUGUUCAACCGCCGUCGGCGCCGGGAGUGGUGCCGGGGUCCUAUCCCGGACAGUCAGUGAGUCACGGCGUGGCUGCGGGCAUGCCGCAUCCCUCGCAGCCGCAGGUUAACCAGUCGAUGCACCCUACCGCUCUCGCGUACGGCUCAUUGCACCCGCAGGUGACUUGUCACCUCCCCUCCGGCCAGCUCUACGUCGGCCCAGCCGGUCAGGUUGUACAAGCUGGCCAUGCGUUUCAAACCGGUCAGGCUGGUCAGGCUCUUCAAACUGGCCAAACCGGUCAAGUUGUCCAGACCGGUCAGGCUAUUCAAGCUGGUCAGGCUGUGCAAGCUGGUCCGACUGCUCAAACUGCUCAUACUGUUCAAGCUGUGCAAGCUGGUCUAGGGGCACCACCGCAACCUUCGUUUCCGAUGGCCCACGGCCAACCUGCCGCUGCGGUCCCAAACAGCGGCGGCUUGCUGACCGCAGCCCAACCCGUUCAGCACUGGACGCCCGGCGUGGCGGGACUGCCGCAGGCAACGACGCAAACCGUCCCUCCAACGCAACCGGUAAACGCCGCGCUGUCCGCCCAACCAACAGACCCGUGUCAGGGAACGCUGGUGCAUCCCGGGCAGCCGCAGGCAUCAACCCAACCAUCCACCGGGCACCCUCCCGUCGAACCAUCUCAGCAAACACCCUGGCCACCCCAGCAGCAGAAUGACUCUGCGAUGGACAGUGACCCGUAUGGGCUGAGCCUUCUGGAUUCUUGGUCUCUAUUUAAGUAAUCUCUGGCGGGUGUUUUAUUCAUCUAUUGUAACUAGCUUUUCCUAAUGUCAGAGCCCAUCUUUCUUCCAUCCUUCGUGAUUCUCGCCAGCUGUCCUAUUUCCUAGAUCCUAGUCCUGCCGGAUUCUCACUGGCAGAACAACAUCAAACGCUGCUCGUAUUGUGAACCUCUGGGGCCUUUUUUUCUCGCGGGAGCCACUGGCUAUCGUCGCGGGCUCGUUCUGUGUGUCUAUAAUAACGCCUAAUGUCCGGUGGAGUGCCCAAUCCGUGGCUAUCCUACAUCUUGAAUGUGCUGGAACCAGACGACGGGAGCCCCGGCUCAGAUGCAACCAGCCCCUCGUCUGAAUCUGUCCCCGAAGAGUAUCCCCAGCCCUUUAGCCUCUGAUGCAUUUCACCGUUUCGCUAACUGCGCCUGCGAUCAAGGAUGGCCAGCGAUGUCUCAGAGGAUGCUCUGAACGCGUAAGCUCCCCCAUUGUCUUAACCAAUGACUGCGACCGCAUGCUCAUCUCCUGUCUACCAGGGCC